GCCUGUAGAUUUGAACAUAGUGUAAGACUUAAUCUAUUCUAUGACCGUGAUAUGGGGGCAUUUGUCUUCUGUUCAGAUGAAGGACGUGCUCUCUGUCGGAAACUACUCCAAGAGACUAUGCCAUUUGACACUCAUGACUACCAGCUCGAAGUCAUAACGCACAUGCUGGAUGGCGAGGAUGUCCUAUGCACGACGGCUACAGGAUCCGGGAAGACAGACGCCUUUAUUCGACUCAUGCACGUCAUUAUAGCGCUGUCCAAAAACCCAUCACUCGCACCUGGCAAAAACUUCCCCCCUGAUCCUGCAAUGCUUGCAAUAUGCCCGACAAAAGCACUUGAGUAUGACUUGGCGGAAAAAAUGACCCAAGCUAAACUCACGAACGUCGUCAUUAACCAAGACACUGUCGCUGCAGCACGCAAAGCAAGCAACGAUAAUUCCAGCCUAUUCAAAAAGGUCUGUGAAGGGACUGCGAUUAUUCUGCUGUCUCCAGAGCAGCUCGAAUCAUCGGGUUUCCGGUCAGUUGUGGAUAACAAGGCAUUUGCGGCACGCUUAUGUGUCAUGGUUGUUGACGAGGCUCACCUUAUUGACCUCUGGGGUUUAUCUAUCCGGCCAUCAUACAAAAAGAUAGGCUGGAUGCGCUCUCGUGCAGGACGGCACAUUCCGGUGCUUGCUGUAACUGCCACGCUGCAAAAAAAAUCAGAGGCAGAGGUCCUUGGAUUCUUGGGCUUUCGUAGGGGACAUUACCAUGUCGUACGGCGGUCAAAUUUGAGGAGUGAUGUACGCAUUAUCUUCCGCAUAGCCAAGUCGGGCAUCAGUGGAACUCAGUUCCCAGAGCUCCGGUGGAUCCUCGAUUGCACCAAUAACUCUCUCAUCUUCGUACCUACUGUCCAUAUGGCAUUCCGUGUGCACGCCUACCUGCUUGAACAGGCCACAAAGACACCAGGCAGGCACGAGUACAUCUGUCUGUACAACUCAGCCAACUUCACCAACCAUAACAACAAAACAUUGGAUUACUUACGUGACGACUCAUCCGCAACCCCUCGCAUCAUCGUUUCGACUGCAGCCCUCACCAACGGAGUCGACCCUCCAAAUAUUGGAUGUGUCGUUGUCUUCCCUCAACCUGCUACAAGUGACGAGUUGCUUCAGAACUUUGGGCGAGCCAAUCGCAAACGAAACUUUGCAGAUGCGCGAGGCAUUGUUUAUGUGUCGAAGGAUGCUGUUCAGACAGCAAAGCGAAUAGUCAGCCAAGGCAACACCACUGAAACAACAAAAGAUACCAUGCAAACAAAAGAUACCAUGCAGGGCAUCCUUUAACUCCGUCGUCACAGUUUCGUUCUUGCUGCUGGUUGCGAGUGGGUGGAUUUUAUUGGGUCGAAUGGGAAGCUGGAGUUUGGCACCUCGUGUGCGGAAGAGUAUGGAGACAUGUUCCUGGUACGACGAGAACUCUGGAACAUAUUUCGUGAGCACCUGGAGCCAGUGGAGUGUGAGCACGGUGUCGAGGUGAGACUGGUCAAUGGCAUCAAGAUAGUCUUCCACUUUAGCAGACGUUCGCUUGUUCUCGUCCAAGAGACGGCUCUUGGCGGACAUGUCAAAGGCGAGAAUGUCAAUAUCCUCCAAUUCAAUGUAGGUACCAGCGAGACCAAUGUUCAUGGUGUUAGAGCGACCGAUACGAGAAUCACGCUGCCUUAGGUAAUUCUGGACGUUGUCGAUCACAAGAACACCUCGUUUUGUCAAAUGUUGACCGAGCAAGCGGGUUUCAUCAGCUUCUC